ACAGGGUGUGAUGGUGGGUAUGGGACAGAAGGACAGCUACGUUGGUGAUGAGGCUCAGAGCAAAGGAGGUAUCCUGACUCUGAAGUACCCCAUUGAGCACGGUAUUGUCACCAACUGGGAUGACAUGGAGAAGAUCUGGCAUCAUACCUUCUACAACAAGCUGCGCGUCUCCCCUGAGGAGCACCCCGUCCUGCUUACUGAGGCUCCCCUGAACCCCAAAGCCAACAGAGAAAAGAUGACCCAGAUCAUGUUCGAGACCUUCAACAACCCAGCCAUGUACGUUGUCGUCCGGGCCGUUCUGUCCCUGUAUGCCUCCGGUCGUACUACUUGUAUUGUGAUGGACUCUGGUGAUGGUGUGACCCACACUGUGCCCAUCUACAAAGAUUAUGCCCUCCCUCAUGCCACCCUCAGUCUGGACCUGGCUGGCCUUUACCUGACUGACUACCUCAUGAAGAUCCUGACUGAGAGAGGCUACCCUCAUAUGGAGUCCUGUGGAAUCCACAACACCACCUUCAACUCCAUCGUGAAGUGCGAUAUGGAUAUCCGUAAGGAUCUGUAUGCCUUCACUGUACUGUCCGGUGGUACCACCAUGUACCCUGACAUUGCAGACAGGAUGCAGAAGGAAAUCACAUCCCUGGCCCCUAACACAAUGAAAAUUAAGAUCACUGCCCCAUCUGAUAGCAUCAUCUUCCAUUGCAUCAUCUUCCAGCAGAUGUGGAUCAGCAAGCAGGUGUACGAUGAGUCUGGACCCUCCAAAGUCCACUGCAAAUGCUUCCAAACAGACUGUUACCACUUCACGCCGACUCAGUCUGCGCAGAGAAAAACCUGAAACGACAACAUUGGCAUGGCUUUUGGUAUUUUUGACGCUUGACUCAGGAUCUAAAAACUGGAACGGUGAAGGUGACUGCAACAUUUUUCGGCAAAUAAGUAUCCCCGGAGUUCUACAAUGCACAUGAGGACUCAAAGUACUUUUUUAUUUUUUAUUUUAUGCUUUAUAGUCAUGCCAAAUGUUCAUUAAAUGCAUUGCUCAGAAACGCAUUUGCCUCUAUGAACAAUGUAGUAUUGCUUAUAUGUAAGUUAUGUAACGGAAAACGAUGUCUGGGUUUUUAUAUUUUCAGCCUUAUUCUUGGUCCUUUUGUUUUCUUUGUGUUACAGAAUGGAAAUACAAAGCGUUACCUUUUCAAAAUGUAGUUCCAUUCCCCUUGGGCAAACAUAAAAGCUGUAUGGAACACGGUGGUGCCGGACACGCGGUGGGGCCAACCUGUACACUGACUUAAUUCAAUUCCAAUAAAAGUGCACGUGUAAGAUGA